ACGAGGAGACUCAAGUGCAGUAGGUACUCAUACACACCCACAAGACACAUGGACACCAACAGCAGGACUGUGCCUAGAACCAUUUCAUUUUCAAGUAUAACAUGUGUGCCCCGUUAACGCACGUGACGUCAGAAGUCGGUACAAAGUCCAUCUCUGCAAUCGUCCAGUCCUUGGCUCGUCGCUCCGCAGAACUGAGAACAGAACACCGCUGUUCACUUUUGCUCCAGCAGUCAGUAUUUUUGAUAAAUAUUAGAGAAAGUCUGCCGCGAGUCUGCAAAAUCUCAACGACCCACUGUAAAUAAGUAUAACCUUUAGUCGGACCGAUUGAAGAAAAUUGUAAUAUAUAAUGUCAGGACUCGUCGCGAAGAAUCUUCCCCGCUUCCACCACGUCGCACCCCAAGCCACUUUUAUCUGGGAUCCGUCGCGUUUUAAUCGAAAAAGUUAUGCAACUGUGUCUAAACCAUCUGCGCCAGUGAGAAAGAACAUAGUCUAUGUUGAUGGAGUUCGAACUCCAUUUUUGCUAUCAAACACAGAUUACAGCAAGCUCAUAGCGCAUGAUCUUGCAAGAGAAACUCUUGUAAAUCUGCAGAAGAAGACAGGUAUCCCGAAAGAUGCCAUCGACUAUGUUAUUUAUGGUACUGUUAUGCAGGAAGUAAGAACUUCAAACAUUGCUCGCGAAGCUGCCCUUGCAGCUGGUUACAGCGAGCACACACCAGCUCACACUGUCACUAUGGCUUGCAUUAGUAGUAAUGUGGCCCUGACCACCGGCAUAGGCCUAAUCCACUCUGGAAUAUAUGAUACCAUUGUUGCUGGAGGUGUUGAAUUCAUGUCUGAUAUCCCAAUUAGGCACAGCAGAGCCAUGAGAUCAUUGAUGUUGAGAGCAAAUAAGGCUAAGACACCAAUGCAGAAACUUGCUCUUCUGGCCACAAUCAGACCAGGACACUUUGUUCCAGAUCUACCAGCUGUUGCUGAAUUUUCUACCAAUGAAACUAUGGGACACAGUGGUGACAGACUUGCAGCUGCAUUUAAAGUUUCUCGAGAGGAACAGGAUGAGUAUGCCCUGCGCUCGCAUACUUUAGCAGCUCAAGCCCACCAGAAUGGACACUUCACUGACAUGGUGCCAUUUGUAGUUCCUGGAGUUAAAAACGCUGUUGACAAGGACAAUGGUAUCAGAGUAUCAACCAAGGAGCAAUUGGCAAAGCUUAAACCUGCUUUUGUGAAACCCUAUGGAACAGUCACAGCUGCAAAUGCAUCAUUCCUUACUGAUGGUGCUUCAGCUGGUUUGAUUAUGACUGAAGAAAAAGCUAAGCAACUUGGACUGAAACCCAAAGCCUAUUUAAGAGAGUUCACCUAUGUCUCUCAGGAUCCCAAAGAUCAACUUUUGCUGGGACCUGCUUAUGCCAUUCCCAAAGUUCUGGAGAAAGCUGGACUUUCUCUGAAAGACAUUGGAGUUUGGGAAGUACAUGAGGCCUUUGCUGCACAAAUUUUGGCCAAUCUGAAGGCUCUUGACUCUGAAUUCUUCGCUAAAACGUAUCUGAAACGUCAGCAAAAAGUUGGCGUUCCCGAUUUGAAGAAAUGGAACGCAUGGGGAGGUUCUCUUUCUAUCGGACAUCCCUUUGCGGCCACUGGUGUACGAUUAGCGACUCACACUGCUAACAGAAUGAUCAAGGAAGAUCAACAAUUUGGUCUCAUUGCAGCAUGUGCGGCUGGUGGACAGGGAGUUGGCAUGAUAAUGGAAAGACAUCCAGAUGCCAAGAUUUAAAUUGUAAAAAUCAAAAAUAAGACUAUAGGGAUAUUUGAUGUUAUUAAACAAUUUAUAUAUUUUUUAUAAGAAAGAUUGAGCCAGCUUUUGAUAAACGAUAUUAUAACUAACAAUAUUUUUAAAUAAACGUUUUUAAUAAUUAUGAUUAA